UUUAACGUCAUAGUUAAAUUGUCAUUAGCUGAGCUGUCUGGCGUCAACUCCCAACGCAAAUUCGUCGACCUGCUGCAGAUAAAUCAGUUCUCUUGGCGGCUCGUUUGCCUUGUGUCACAUGUUACACUAACGUUAUCCCUCAUAUAUAACGGUAGCGGUAUCCAGGGUAUCUAACGUAACAGCACAUGUUUUUUUUUCUACACAGCUAACUUUAUUUAUUUAUUUAUCCAUACUACCGUUAGCUUAGCUGUAACGUUAAUUCAUCAAUUGCAAAACACGAGCUGCUUUCAAAUGCUCCUCCAUUGUCGUAACUACCACUUUCGCGCGUUUCUGCUUUAAAAUAACAACACUGACCAUUUUUGUAUUUAGUGUUUAUAUUUUUAAUGCACAAUGGUGAAACUAACAGUUAACGUUAGUUUAAAUUGACUCGAAAGUCUUUUUAGAUCGCGAUAGACUCCUCGUUCACAUCCACGUCCGUUUAUGUGCAUGUGCUAUUUCCUGAAUGUAGCAGGAGGCAGGGCUGUGGCUGUCACAAAACACUGUGCUACGUGCAGAGGUCCGACGUCGCAGUGGUGGACGGUAACAAGAUACACAGUCCGCUGCCAGGCAAGUCCCCGGACCUUCAGGAUACACUGGAGAACCAGGACCGAACCAGUCAGGUCUGGGAGGAGCUUUAAACGGUAACUUAGCUCCUGCGAUCCAGUGUGUUUAGCUUCUGUGAGACGGAGGAAGACCGAGCUUAUUGGCUGCACUAUCACAGUCUGUCAAGAUAAAGCGAUUAAAGGUGUGUCCAGGCUAUAAGCAGACAUCAUGGACGAUGACCUGAUGUUCAGCAUGGACGAGGAGGGCAGCGCCAAGAGACCCCCCGUCCAACGAGGUGCCCCCUGUAAGCGGGCCUCUUCCCUUAGUGACGCCAACGCCAGUGAUGACGAUGACGAAGACCACUUCAUCUGCCCCAUCCUGGACGACUCCGCCAAAGAAAUCUGUCACUACCUGAAGGAUCUGGUUCACACCCGGCAGCUGUCAAACUCUCUUCCUAAGAGCAACUUCAUGUUCAGGGAUGCAUGGAAACAUGCAAUUGAAAAGGCCAAAGCCAUGCCCGACCCCUGGGCACAGUUUCAUCUGGAGGACAUCAAGACAGAACGCUGCAUUCGUUACAGGUACAAUGCCAUCACAGGAGAAUGGGCUCAAGACCAGGUCCACCUCAAAAUGGCUGCCCAGCCAUUUGGGAAAGGGGCCAUGAGGGAGUGCUUCAGAACGAAGAAGUUGUCAAAUUUCUCACACAGCAGCAACUGGAAGUCAGCAUCUAAUUAUGUGGCUAAGAGCUACAUGGAGACCGUGGACAGAAAUGUUUAUUUUGAGGACGUCAGGCUGCAGAUGGAGGCCAAACUCUGGGGAGAAGAGUACAACCGCCACCGACCUCCCAAACAGGUGGACAUCAUGCAGAUGUGUGUGGUGGAGAUGACAGACAGACCAGGUAAACCUGUCUUCCACCUGGAACAUUACAUCGAGGGCAAGUACAUCAAAUACAACUCCAACUCCGGCUUUGUGAGGGAUGACAACAUCCGACUCACUCCACAGGCCUUCAGUCACUUCUCUUUUGAGCGAUCGGGCCACCAGCUGAUCGUGGUGGACAUCCAAGGAGUCGGAGAUCUCUACACUGACCCUCAGAUCCACACAGAGACGGGGACUGACUUUGGAGAUGGAAAUCUCGGUGUGCGAGGCAUGGCAUUGUUCUUCCACUCCCACCUGUGUAACAAGAUCUGCAAGAGUAUGGGCCUGACGCCUUUUGACCUUUCCCCUGCAGAGAAGUCCCAGCUGGACUGCACCAACAAACUGCUUAAGUCUGCCCAAACAGUGCUGAGGGGCUGUGAGGAGCCCUGCGGUUCUCCUCGGGUUCGGACCCUGUCUACAAGCCGGGCACCUCCGCUGUUAUCCCGUCUGUCUGAGACGUCAUCUGCAGAGGAGAGCAUGAGUGACGUAGAUUCAGUUCCCUGCUCCCCUCUCAUCUUCCCCUGCUCCUCGCUUCCUGCACAUGGAUCUAUGGCCAAGUCCCCUGUCGGCUUAUCUUUUACUGGAAUGUACGAGCAGGAAAGACUCAACAGUAACAACACAGGUGAUCACAAGGAAUCUGAUAGCGGUGGUGACAGUGGCUACCCCAGCGAGAGGAGGAGUGAAGGCGACCCAAAUGACCAUGUAGACGGGUUGACAGAGGAUAAGUGGAGCUUCUACCAUUCGUCUCGCGCUCAUGUCCACCGACCUUCCUGCGUGGCCACUGAGGUGGAGCGACUCAACGCUUUGAUGCAAAAGAAGAUCGGCCAGUCGAUCCUCGGAAAGGUCCACCUGGCGAUGGUGCGGUACCAUGAAGCGGGCCGUUUCUGUGAGAAGGAUGAGCAGUGGGAUCAGGAAUCGGCCAUGUUCCACCUGGAGAGAGCAGCACUGUGUGGAGAGCUGGAGGCCAUUGUAGCCAUGGGACAGUGCUGUCUGCAGCUGCCUCAUCACAUACUGCCAGACAUGGAGCUGGAGGAUAAUGCUGGAAACAGGAUGAGAGGUUUUAAGUAUUUGCUGCUGGCUGCUGAAGCUGGUGACAGAUCGUCUAUGAUCAUAGUGGCCAGAGCCUUUGAUACUGGGAUCAAUCUGCCAGUUGACAGAAAUCAGGACUGGGAAGAAGCGAUUCGCUGGUAUGACAGUGCAUUGAACAUGACAGACUACGAUGAGGGAGGAGAGUUUGAUGGGACGCAGGACGAACCCCGUUACCUGCUGCUGGCCCGAGAGGCAGAGAUGUACCAAGAGGGAGGCCACAAACUCACUGCAGACCCACAGAGAGCAGGUGACUUGUUUACAGAAGCAGCAGAAGCUGCCAUGGCGGCUAUGAAAGGUCGAUUGGCUAACCAGUACUAUAUGAAAGCUGAAGAAGCCUGGGCGCAAAUGGAGGAGUAAUUCUGGAUUCACAUUUUUAUCACAAAAAGGCCACGGGAGUUAAUGUGUCUGACUGUUAGUCAGGCCAGUUUACAUAUUUGUAUUCUCUGCGUGUGUGACUUCAGCCCUCUAGGAUCGGGUAUAGGUGUCCAGGUUUCUAUUUUUAUUUCUAUUUUUAUUUUUUUUUUCAUGUUUGUGAAAUGACUUUAAUUCCCUCUCUGAUGACCUUUUGGCUAAGUGAAUGUUGUAUGAAAGAAAAGCUCUUAAGAAUCCAAACAAACAAUGUUUACUGACUUUGACCCAAAUGUUAACACAUUUCUGUUGGAAGAACAUAUGUAAAAAUGCCUGGAGAAUAAAACUGUAAAAUAAAGUAUGCAUUGCUUUUUAUGGGUAAA